AUGAAGCUUCGACUCGAUGACGGCUGCGAGCUGUUCUACACCAUAGACGACUUUACCGACCCGUGGACCGAGCCUCAAACCGUGGUAAUGCACCACGGUAUGGCCAAAAACAAUAAGCUCUGGUUCGGCUGGGUCCCCAUCAUCGCGAGACACUACCGCGUGAUCCGCUUCGACAUGCGCGGCAUGGGUCAGUCCGACGUCCCCGAACCCGGCUUUCCCUUUUCAGUAGACAAUUUCGCCAAAGACCUCGCCGAGUUUGUCGACAAGCUGGGCCUGGAUAAGUUCCACCUCAUCGGCGAAACCGUCGGCGGCAGCAUUUCCAUGCGUUACGCAACCAUGCACCAGGAGCGGUUGCUCUCCCUCACCGCCUGCACCUCUCCCACCAGCUUCAACGACGCCCACCACGCCGAAUCUGCCGUCCAGAUCGAAAACGAGGGCAUCGGCGCGUGGGUCGAAAGCAGCAUCGGUCGCCGCCUUGACCCGCAGAUCGUCGACCCCCACUACACCCGCUGGUACGCCGAGCAGAUGAAGGCCACCACACCGCAUGUCGUUGCCGGCUUCCAGGCUCAGGCGUCGGGCGAUCUGCGCCCGCUUCUCAAGGAUGUUCAGACCCCAACCUUGAUCAUCGCCGCCGCCGCCUUGCGUGAAGAAGUGUUGGGCGAUUUCCGCGGCGCCUCCGACGUGUUCCCCAACGGACGCUCCGUCGUGUUUCCCGGCGUCUCAGGUUUCGUGCAACACGUCCUGCCGGUUCCCUGCGCCCGCGUCUGGCUGGACUUCGCCCGCAGUUUGGGAUAA